GCGCCGGGCAACUGGGGCGCGGCUGUGCGCAGCGUCCAGUGCGCUGUGCGAGGGGACGCCGCGCAGCAAGGGCCAGGUCGCGGUUCCAGCCAGUGGGUCCCUAACCGGUCCCCCCGCUCAGAUUUCCGACGGAAGGGUUGCUGCGCAGCAUUCUGAGGGUGUCCGGAAGUUCGGACAUGGUGACUGAAGGAGGGUGACGUGGUCAGAUAAGGGGCCGGGGGCAAGGGGAAGAGGCCAAGAGCGCCAGCGUCGCGAGCGGAGCUGGGAGGCGCUUGCAGCGCCAGCAGAGGAGGACGAUCCCCGAGCCCAAGGCAGGUCCUGCCAUGGAGCUGCGCUCGGAGCUGCCCAGCGUUCCCGGCGCGGCGACGGCGGCGGCGACAGCGACGGGGCCGCCCGUAGCGUCGGUGGCGUCGGUGGCCGCGGCGGCGGCGGCGGCCGCGUCUCUACCUGUGAGCGUGGCGGGCGGCUUGCUACGGGCGCCGCCGUUGUUAUUGCGGGCGGCUGAGAAGUACCCAAGGACCCCCAAGUGCGCGCGCUGCCGCAACCACGGCGUGGUGUCGGCACUCAAGGGCCACAAACGCUACUGCCGCUGGAAGGACUGCCUGUGUGCCAAGUGCACGCUCAUCGCCGAGCGCCAGCGCGUCAUGGCGGCCCAGGUGGCGCUGCGCAGGCAGCAGGCGCAGGAAGAGAACGAGGCGCGCGAGCUGCAGCUGCUCUACGGAACUGCCGAGGGCCUGGCGCUGGCCGCCGCCAACGGCAUCAUCCCGCCGCGACCCGCGUACGAGGUCUUCGGCUCUGUGUGCGCCGCCGACGGCGGAGGGCCGGGAGCGGGAGCGUCCGCGGGGACCGGAGGUGGCACCGCGGGCUCCGGAAGCUCAGAGGCCAAGUUACAGAAGUUCGACAUCUUUCCCAAGACGCUGCUUCAGGCAGGCCGUCCGGGCAGCCCCCAGCCGCCGCCGGGGAAGCCCUUGUCACCCGACGGCGCCGACUCAGGUCCUGGGACGUCGUCCCCAGAGGUGCGGCCAGGCUCGGGCUCGGAGAACGGCGAUGGCGAAUCUUUUUCGGGGUCGCCGCUGGCCCGGGCCUCCAAAGAGGCAGGUGGCAGCUGCUCAGGGAGUGCCGGCCCAGGAGGCGGCGGCGAGGAGGACAGCCCGGGCUCCUCCAGCCCUCUGGGCUCCGAAUCCGGUUCCGAGGCUGAUAAAGAGGAGGCAGAAGCCGCGCCCGCGCCUGGGUUGGGCAGCGGUCCGGGUCCACGGCAGCGGACGCCGCUGGACAUCUUGACGCGCGUCUUCCCAGGCCACCGACGAGGCGUCCUGGAGCUGGUGUUGCAGGGCUGCGGCGGCGACGUAGUGCAGGCCAUCGAGCAGGUGCUGAACCACCACCGCGGGGGCCUGGCGGCCGGCCUCGGUCCCACCACGCCCCCAGAUAAGGCCGCGGUGGGUGCAAUAGCAGCUGCUGACGACGCUUGGCCAGGCCGCGUCGACUCUGCUGCCGGGGGACCCGGGCUGCCGGCACCGCUGCAGGCGGGCCCCGCCGCACCUCCGCAUCAUAGACCUUUGCUGGCGGGCGCCAUGGCUCCUGGGGCGCUCGGCUCAUUGAGCAGCCGCUCGGCCUUCUCGCCGCUGCAGCCUAACGCCAGUCACUUCGGCGCCGAUGCGGGCGCCUAUCCACUGGGCGCGCCACUCAGCCUCAGUCCCCUGCGCCUGGCCUACUCGGCGGCGGCGGCGCACAGCCGAGGCCUGGCCUUCAUGGCUCCCUACUCCACCGCCGGCCUGGUGCCCACACUGGGCUUCCGCCCGCCCAUGGACUACGCCUUCAGCGACCUCAUGCGCGACCGCUCGGCCGCCGCCGCUGCUGUGCACAAGGAGCCGACCUACGGCGGCGGCAUGUACGGGCCUAUGAUCAAUGGCACCCCUGAGAAGCAGUAGGGCGAGGGGUCCGGCUGCCGAGCGGCCCCCAAACUGGAACCCCAGCGUUGUCCCCUCGGGCCGCCGGACCCACUUGGCCUGGUGUGUGCUCUGCAGAGUGCCUCGGCUGGGGUCCUCCUGCUCCAAGGGGGUUUUAGGUUUUGUUUUGGAGGGUGGGUGGGGAGAGCUGAGCAAAGGAGCAGCUACAGUUGCAAAUGUACUCGGAAGGAGGAGUGCGCGGCCGGGGUCCUCAUUCCCCCAUCCCCAUCUCAAGGCUCCUCCAGCCCUUCAGAAGGCCACACAUUUCUUGAGAAUUAAGAGGGUGCGGCCCUGCCCACGCUCCUGCCUCUCCUUUUACUAUGCUCAUCCCGCCCGCCCGCGCUCUCAAACGGCUGGCAGGAUAGUCCAAGAGUCUGUCUUCUGUGUACCCCACCCCUUUAAAAAUUUUUAAAUAUUUGCUCUAACAAAUACAAAUUUAGAAUCUAUACAUCUCUUGGCACAGUCGAGUCUUUGGGACAUAUAUCAAUAUCAAUUGUAAAAAAAAAAAGGAAACAAGUUCUAAGGUGCACUUUCCUCGUUGCGGUAUUUGUCGCUCUCUUUGUUGCUUAUGCCGAUAAGCAUGGGUUUCCUUGGUGCAGUGUGAGUUUUUAUAUAUGUAUAAAUCUAUAUAUAAUCUAUACAUAUAUAUAUACAAGCCAGUGUAUAAUGUUAUAAAAUGGAAUUCUAAGUUAUUAAUUGUAAUCUGUAGGUGACCUCGAUAUUAACGUGAAAAAUAUUCGAAAACAGCAAAAAAAAAAAAAAAAGGAAAAGGAAAAAAAUUAGGCUAUGCGCACAUUGUACUGAUGAGGUUUUAUAGAUUAAAUAUAUUGUAAACUCGGGACGAAUCCUGCUUACCCGCCCCUCCUGCCCGCGGCCAAUCUCUUCCGAAGGAGCGGUCAAGGUGGGCACUGAAGCAGGAACAGAGCGACGUGUGACUGAGCCAGAACUUCCCGCCCGAGGGCCCAACCUUGCCUCCGGGACUCGCCCAAUGCUUCGGCACGAAGGGCCCGCAGCCGGAAACGCUGCUGCAGAUAAUGGCUCACUUUGUGCUUUCCUUUGCAUAGAUAUGAGCUAGAAAUAAAUGUUAUUUUCUAA